AUGUCACCACACGCAGAGGAGCCCACCAAGAACGGCGACAUGAGCAACGACAGCGCCCCCUUGACUAACGGUGAGACACCGCAGUCGCGAGUUCUCUCGCACCUGCACUCUUAUCCGGUCGUCCACGAUGGCGUCGAGUUCUACAAGUCGAACCCCUAUGGCGCAAAGUCGCUCGCCCUCUUCAACAACACGUACAACCAAUUCAUUGCGCCCUUCCACCCCUAUCUCAAGACGCCCUACUCCUACAUCUCACCUUAUUUGACACGCGCGGACGAGCUCGGCGACUCAUCGCUCAGCAAGCUCGAACAGCGCGUGCCCAUUGUCAAGGAAGACACCAACAAGCUCAAGGAGCUAGCCUUCUCGCCCGUCGUGUACGUUGUGGGAACGUACCAGGACGAGUACAAGAAGACGCAAGGCCCGGAGGGCGUGGUCAAGACGGUCAAGGCAGGCAUCAGCACAGAGCUAAAGGUCGUGCACGAUGCCUUUACCUUUGCUGUAGAGUACUGGAACAAGGGAAAACAGCAGGCAAGCAAGAAGGCUGAUGAGAUUAAGCAGUAG